UGAAAGGCCAAAAUCUCACAAAUUUGGGAGAAUGGAUCCCAAAAUUAAUGAAGAAAUCAAACCCUCAGCUAAACUCUCGGGAGGUAAAAUGAUUACACAAAGACCAUUGUCAUCAAUGAAACCUCAAACUACAACUGUGAGAACUGCUUCAUCAAUAUCAAAAAGACCAACUGUUGUAAACACAAGACCAUCAAACGGAUCUGGAAGAGUUGGUUUUAAAAAUGCAGGAUUAUCACGAAAUAUUGCUUCCCCUAUUAAAUUAAGCGGAUCUGAAAGCGUUAGGGCUAGGAAUACAGGACCAAUGUUCACAACAUCUAUUUCUUCUUCUCCUGGUAAAAUAAAUGGAUCUGGCAGUGUUAGGAAUACAGGAUUAUCACAAACUACUGCCUCAUCUAGUAAAAAAUUAAAUGGUGGGAACACAAAAUCAUUACAAACAACACCUACUAGUACCACUGUUAAAUAUUCAUACGGGCCUGGAGGUGUUAUUAGUAAGAAUACUGGAAUAUCGCAAAGUACCACUGCAUUUCCUAACAAAAAACUAAAUGGCGUUG